AUGGACCAAUUGGCCACUUACAACAAAUUGCUUGAGAAUCAGAUUGCUCAGCAAGCCAGUUCUUCAAGUAAAGUCAUUGGUAAACUACCUAGUCAAUCAGAGAUGAACCCAAAGCAGCAAUGCAAGGCAGUUAUCUUGAGGAGUGGUAGGAUACUAGAAGACCAAAGGCCAGAAAUAAAUCAGAAGAUAACAGAAGCAGCCCAUGAUGAAAUAGAGACUCAAGCAAAAAGAGAGGAAACACUAGCUAAUAAAGAAGCUCUAUCUCAAAUGCCAUCAUAUGCUAAGUUCUUAAAAGAAAUAUUUUCAAACGAAAGGAAGCUUGAUGACUAUGAGAUAGCGGCUCUCACAAAUGAAUGCAAUGCAAUCUUGCAGAACAAACUACCUCCAAAGCUAAAAGACCAUGGAAGCUUCUCAAUACCUUGUCUUAUUGGCAACAUCAAUAUUGACAAGGCCUUUUAUGACUUGGGAGCAAGUGUUAGUCUGAUGCCCCUAUCUAUCUGUCAAAAGCUGAAUGUUGGAGAGCUCAAAUUGACUACAAUCUCUUUGCAACUAGUUGAUAGAUCUGUCAAAUACCCGAUAGGAAUUCUAAAGAACAUCCCCCUAAAGGUUGGCAAAUUCUUUAUACCAGUUGACUUUGUUAUUCUAGAGAUGGAGGAGGAUGUUUGA